AUGCGCCCCGACCAAGUUCCCCAGUUCACCUUCUUCUCGUGCCAUGCCCAGGAGGCACAGCACGCAUCGAGUUGGGCGGAGCUAGCACCGCACUUCGAGAAGGAGACAUCCAAGUCCGAAGACGAUGUCUGGUGGCUCGACGUCUGCGACGGCGCAGAGGAGGACGUCGCCGCCGUUGCUCGCUUGCUGUCCAUCCACCCCCUUACGGUGGAGGAUAUUGCCCUGCAGGAACCGCGGCAGAAGAUCGAGACGUUCCCGGACUACUAUCUCAUCACGCAGCGUACAUUGUCCGCGUCACUCGGCGAUGACCAAGAGAUAGAGAAGCCCAAUAUCAGCGAAGGCGGUCCCCUGCUUCCAAUCCCAGGCCGUCCAAGCCCUGAGAUGCUGUUCAUCCUGGUCUUCGGCCAUGGCACGGUGACCUUCUCCCGCAGCGGCACUGGCCAUGUCACUCGAGUGCGCAGUCGAGUCGCCAGAGAACAUGACCGGUCCGUGCUAUCCAGCGACUGGAUCUGCUAUGCUCUCUUGGACGACGUGAUCGACAGCUUCCAGCCCAAAAUCGAAGGCAUCUCACGCGCAUCCGAAGCAAUCCAAGACCAAAUCUACAUCGCGCGCGACGACGACAUGACCCCCCUGAUGCUGCAAAUCUACAACAUCCGCAAACGCAUCAACCACCUCACGCACUCCCUCUCCGGCAAAUCCGACGUGCUGAACGGGUUCGUGAAGCGCUGCGAGACAAAACGGUGGCACCCUGCCUUCCCAGGUGGCGAUCUGAUCGUCUACCUCAGCGACGUCCAGGACCACCUCGUCACGAUCCUCGCGGAACUCGCCCAUCUCGACGAAAUCACCAGCAGACUGCAGUCGAAUUUCCUCGCGCAGACGAGCGUGCAUAACAUGCGGUUGAGCGCGAGACUCAACUCGGGCCUGAGCAAGGUGACCAUCCUCGCGACGAUCUUUGUGCCGCUGCAUAUGGUGACCGGGCUGUUUGGGAUGAACGUUACUGUUCCUGGCGAUGAUGUGGAGGGCUCGCUGGCGUGGUUCUUUGGUAUCGUUGGGGUCUUUAUUGCUGUCAUACUGGCGGCUUGCUUUGCGGCGUGGAGAUUUAGGCUGCUGUAG